AUGGGUCUUGCAAUAUUUAUGGACGCUUCAUUCAAUGACUGUGAACACGGUAAGAGCACUGAGACUUCUGUCAUUUUUUAUGCAUGGUGUCCUGUUAACUGGGCUUCGAAGAAGGAAAACAUUGUCGCCAAAAGAAGUACUUCUGCCGAGUACAUUGCAUUCGACGCAGCAGUUCAGGAAACCAUGUGGCUCAUCAAGAUACAGCAGAGCAUAUAA